CCUUGAGGUGAGGCGACCCUUCGGAGACUUCGAGGAAGAAGUUGGCAAGGAUGACUGUGUUAGAGACGAAGCUAUGGACGUUGAUUCUGCUACAGGUGGACUUUAUGAUACUGUAUUUGAUGUUGACCGUGACAAAGAGAGAGCACAACAGUGUGGUCUUGAACUAAAUGGAUUCAGCUUUGAUGGAGCUGAUGCUGCCGGAGUUGAUUAUGCUCUAAAUAGGAUAAUAUGGGUGAUGUUACUGAAAAUGGUGGCGGAAUGUCAAUUUGAUCUUAAUGUGAACGUGAAGAAUUAUUGGAUAAUUAGGAUGUCUAAUAUUCAUGAUACUAUAUGAAUAUACUCACUUUUGUAAAAUUUAUUGUUAAUGGGCAUUUUGACUCAUUGUUUUA